UCAAGUCCUGGUUUAUUUCUUUGCUUUUGCCUGACAUUGCUAUGUCCUGCUUGUGGCAGAUGUGGCAAACAGACCGGUCCGCCCAAGUGCCAUCAUUCCACACCACGUGUGGCCCAAAUCAUCAUACCACGCGUGGCAGACGUGGGUCAGAUUUGGGCCGUCACAAAGUUGCUAUCUGGUACGCACGUCACUGGACAGUCUCGCGUGGGUGUGUUCGGAGCUGAACGUGCCGGAUUACGCGCGUCGCUCGCGUGCAGUUCAACAUCUUAUUAGGGUUCUCCCUCGAUAUUAUUGUGCAAAGACAAUUUAAAUGUAGUUGGUUAUGGCACUACCGGCAGGACCACAUAUUUUCUUCGGGAUUUUCGCAGUUAUUCAGGUUAAAUUUACCCUUCAGGAAUUGCCAUCUAAUGGUGUCUCUCACUUCACCUUUGAGAGGCUCUCCAAGCAAGAGAGUGCUGGUGUAAACCUCAAGCUUUACAAUAAAAGAUGGAGGAGAUGGAUGCUCUCGUCCAAAUCUGUGGAAGAGAUCAAUCAGAACCAGGAUCUGGAGCGCUAUGAAAUGCACAGCAGAUUAGAUUCAGAGCGCUUUCCUGACGUUGUGACAAACGACAGUCAUGACAACUUAUCCAUUAAGAGAGAUAUGGAUCAUGUCUACUACACAUCCAAAUUCUAUGGGCCCACAGACAGUGCAGGCAAGGAUUUGUGGGUAAAUAUUGAGCAAAUGAACAUGGGAACAGUUCAUGAAAUUCUCUCCAACACACAUCGACAAACUUUGGUACGUCAGCUACAAAGUUUUCUUAAGAAAGUGAAUCUGUCCUUCGAUUUCCCUUUCUAUGGACAUUCAUUGAGGGAAAUACAUGUUGCAACAGGGGGUUUCAUCUACACUGGAGAUGUUAUCCACAAAAUGCUGACUGCUACUCAGUACAUCGCUCCCCUCAUGGCUAAUUUUGACCUCAGCAUCUCACAGAAUUCAACAGUCAUGUACUGUGAUAAUGGCACAGCUCUUGUUGUGCAGUGGGACCGUGUGUAUCUCCAGGAUGCAUUUCAUCUCGGCAGUUUCACCUUCCAGGCAGCUUUAUACAACAAUGGAAGAAUCACCUUUGCAUAUAAAGAGGUUCCCACUGAUACUAGUAAGAUCAGCUCAGUGAAUCAUCCUGUGAAAGUCGGGCUCUCUGAUGCAUUUGUGGUCCUCCAUAAGAUUGAACAGCUUCCCAAUGUUCGAAGAAGAACAAUAUACGAAUAUCAUCGGGUAGAGCUCUUAAAAUCCAAGAUCAUGACCGGCACUGGUGUUGAGAUGCUUCCUCUACCAACCUGCCUUCAGUUCUCCAGCUGUGAGAUGUGUGUUACGGCUCAGAUCGGAUUUAACUGUAGUUGGUGUAGUCGCUUACAGAGAUGUUCCAGUGGUUUUGACCAGUAUCGUCAGGACUGGGUUGACAGUGGGUGCUUAAGUGAGACAAAGAACCAGAGCUGUGACAGAAAACAGCCCAUCAUUAAAAGCAGCACUCCAGCGGUGCAGACAGGAGUCACAGCAGUAUCUCUAACUACAACAACAUCAACAACCACAUCAGCCUCCACGCUCACCACCAAGAUCACCAGCACACCCUUAUUCAUAAGAAACCUUCCUACCAGCUUCCUCACUGAUGACUCUCAGAUGGAAAUUACAGAGAAACAGCGAGAGGAGCAGAUGCAGACCGGUCUGCUCAUUGGCAUCCUCGUAACCAUGGUCCUCAUGGUGGUUGCUGUGUUGGCCACAAUAUACAUGUACUACCAUCCCACUUCCAGCGCCAGUCUCUUCUUCAUAGAGAGACGACCAACACACUGGCCUGCCAUGAAAUUUCGACGUGGUUCAGGACAUCCGUCAUAUGCAGAGGUAGAGGCAAUGGGACAAGACAAAGAAGGAUUCAUCAUGAUGGAACCUAGAGACAGUUUUCUUGUGUCAGACAGGAGAGAGAGCUUGUUUCUGACGGACCAGAGGGAAGGAUUUAUUGUUGCUGAUCAAAGAGAACGUUUCCUGAUCAUGGAGCGCCGCUAAUGUGAAUUCUGUGGUUUAUGAAUUAGUUCCUCUGUUUUUGAGAGGAAGUUGCACUGGCUGCUGGGAUAAAUGUGGUAUUUGUUUAACCUUAUAGCAGGGAGUGCUACAAAUGUGAGAGAUCUAUUGCACCAUCACACCAAAGUGCAAUGUAAACAAUGUGGACACAUAAACGUUUUUCCAACCCAGUGACGCCAAUGGAAUUGCAGUGCUCAGGAAAAAACCUUCACAUUUGAGCUUUUCAUUUUUCUCUAAAGGGCUCCUUCUUUACCAGGGCCCGAUCAUGUUUCUGGGAUUUGCUCUUGUUGGUGCCCCACUUCAAACCAGAUGGGUCAUUAAAGCCUGUGUAUUGCAAACACCUCAUAGAACUUCCUGUGUUAAACAGGGAAGACUGAAGGAUAUAUGUAUUUAUGCAACAUAAGUAAUACCUUUUUACUCUUGUGUAACUGGUCGCAAUAAAUCCAAAUUCUUGUGGAUAA